CCCGGCCCACCGCCCUCCUCGGCGACCCUCUUGGCGUCGCCACUUCUGUGGCCGCGCGCACCCGGGGACCGCUGCGGCGGAGCGGGCGCCUUUGGCUGGGCGCUGCACCCGGGGAGCCCGCAGCCGCUGGCCCGGCAGCCUGCAGCUGGGCUGCACAGGCACCCGCAGUCCGGGUGCUUUCACUUUUAGGGCCCCAUAGGCGGCGCGGGCGUGCAGGGGGUUAGGGACAGUCACCCCGAAGGCCGGGCGGUGGCGUUUGCCUGGUGGGUUCGAUGAAGUCACCCGGACGGGGCCCUUUUGUUGUGGUGUGUUGGUAGCUGCCAUCCUAAAAGCCAGAGCUCUUCUUUAGCCUCCAUUGUGUUGCGGAUUUAAAGGAUUCCCCUUUUCUGUUGGUUCAGUUCUGUUGGUUCAGUACGUGGAGCCGGGGCUGACAAUGGAGCAGGUAGCAGCACCGUUAUCGGAAGGAAUGCAGGGCAACAGCCUGGCAAUGGUUUGAGAUCCGUGUCGCUGCUUAAAGCCGAAGUUUUCCGAAGUGGCUGCUUAAACGUUAGGAUUUUAGCCAAGAUGAUACUUGCUAACUGUAGCGAGGCGGCAGGAUGCUUUUAGUUGCCCCAGUUGGAAAAGCCGAGGAUGCGGCCUUAGUAAUGGAGUGCCCUGGGUUUACAGCUGGAGCGCCUGAUGAGCUUCAGGAAGCAUUUAUACCUGCAUGUGUGGAAGACACCCUCCCGAUUUUGUGUUGUGGUGUCACUUGGCAGCUAUCCGUACCAGAAUUGGGAAAAACCUACAGUUUACCAAGGGUUCUAGUCUGGAAACGCUCGCUGCCCUGUGUCUGCUGUGGAGGUUAGGGGAAGCAGCUGCGUGCUCCUGCUUCAGGUUUAAAUAGUUGAGUAAAAUUACGCUGGUGACCAUGGCUGAAGGAGGAUUUGACCCCUGUGAAUGUGUCUGCUCUCACGAACAUGCUAUGAGGAGGCUCAUCAAUCUGCUCCGGCAGUCCCAGUCCUACUGCACCGACACAGAGUGCCUUCGGGAGUUGCCAGGACCCUCCAGUGACAGUGGCAUCAGCAUCACUGUGAUCCUGAUGGCCUGGAUGGUGAUCGCCAUGCUCCUCUUCCUUCUGAGGCCUCCUAACCUGAGAGGCUCCAGCCUCCCUGGAAAGCCCUCCAGUCCUCACAGUGGACAGGACCCGCCAGCCCCUCCCGUGGACUAACGUCCUGGUGUGGGAAGCAGCAAUGGUUUAACACCCUGCACGACCGAGCGACUGAAGACGACCAGGCACUAACUGUCUCCUUUUCCAUCUGCAGUUUGGAUGGUAUUGUUUUCAUGAGCUUCUAGAAAUUUCACUUGCCAACUGCCUUUUGCUUCCUGAGUUGCCACCGUCCUUAUUUACAGUAUCCCUGAGUAAAUGAUUCUAUUGAAAAGUUGAGGGCUUUGUUGGUUGGCCUAAGCUUAAACAUUCCACUCGUUCUCCCUGCAACCCUGACUAGAACGUCUGUGGUGGUUUCUGGCCCAGCUGAAGGAAAAUUGAGAUUUCUGCAUUUAAGUAUUUUAAGUGGGUUUUGAUAGAUUUUAAUUCUUUCCAUAAGGUAUUUAUUUGGGGUUGUCUGGUGUGAGUGACAGAGCCACACUGUAGUUACUUUACUGGCCCUUUUCUGUAGUCCUUGGGACAGUGAGCAUUUUCCUCACAACCUCCAGCUGGCUUUAUGGCUAGAAUACGGAAAGCGAACUGGUUGUUUACUGAUUUUUUUUUAAUUCCCAUUAAAAUUUUCUGAUGUUAAGAAUACUUUAAAUAAACAUGAUUGAUUAAUAUAGUGGUUGGUUUAGAAUCCAUUUCGUGUCAUUGAAAGCCACUGUAUGCUAGCCUUCCUCGCCUCACGAUAUUUGUUCUUCAAGUUGAGUGCCUCUUCAGCAAGCUUCUCUUCCAGUCUAACCCUUCCCUGUUAAAAUCGCCUGUGUGUGGGGCUGGCAUUUUAACACCCGUGACUUAAAUUCAUACCUUUUUUUUUUUAAUUAAAAAAAAUGAAUCUUUUGUUGCCUUCUGACUUAUGAGGAGAAGAGCCUUUAAUCUGAGGUCUUGGUUUCUUCCAAGGGAAAGGAGGAGAAUGACAAACGAGAAUAUUUUUGUCACCUCUCAGCUCAGUUCUGUUUAGCAGUAGGAUGCAGAUGCAUUGGAGUUGGAAGGAGCGUUGGUAACUGAGAUUUUGAAAUGUGUUUAACCAGUCAGAAGUUCAAAAGCAGUGAAUACAGACUGCAUCAAACAGGCCUGGGCGGCCUGGACGCCUGGACUCUCUCCUCCUAGGAAUCACUGCAGGGGAUUUGUCCGGACCAGAACAUAUUUUGUUAUCAAGGUAAAGGCUGAUCCCUUCUUGGGCAGUCUAGGCUGUCACUGUACAGAGCUGAGAGACUAUUUGUGUGAGCUAAAUGAACUUCUACCAUACUGCACCACGACCUGCCCUGUGACCCAAUUGGGUAACCUGCCCUUUCUCCCAAGCAGUGGUUAUCAAGGUCUGGCUGUAAGCAUUGUUAAGGGCAUCUCUUUGUCCCGUAUGGUAAUCCUGGCUACUUGUGCUCUUCCUGGUUCCCUUGGCUUUGUACUCAACAUUUAAACAAUAAUAUAACCACCUCUUAGCUACUUGUGUUUCUAAGGAGUGACUUAACCAGGUAAGUUAAAUUCUGAACAAAUUAACAACACACGGUACAGGAUUCCUCUUUUGCUGUGGCCACCCAGAAGUCUUACCCGCUUAGUAGCCUGUAGCCAGUUUAACACAAAAAGCCAGAUAUGGUAGCAGUCUCAAGACCAGACGAGGCUACAUAGUGAAUUUCAGGUCAGGUUUGGCGAGGCAUGGGAAGACUUUGUCUCACAAAGGAAAAAAAAUGGGGUGAGGGACUUAACCUGAGCAAAACUGGAAUGGCCUCGAGUGGAUCUAAAGCUGUAGUGUUUCUUCUCCUGCCCUCAGCCUUUGAAGGCUGCACAUAUGUCCCAACAGUGCUUUCUAACCUGCUGAUGGCCUCACACAGUCUGCCUCACAAAUAGCUGAGACUUCACCUUGGAUUAAAAUAAAAAUGGCGAAGGGUAGAAAGAAGGCUUGGCAGUUACGAGCACUGGCUGCUCUUCCAGAGGACCCAGGCUCAUUUCCCAGCCACCACACGGCAGCUCACAGCUGUCUGUAACUCCAGGGUAUCCAACACCCUCACAGAGGCAUACACGCAGGCAAAAGACCAAUGAGCAUAAAAGAAGAGUAAAUCAAUUAUUUUUUAAUGGAGACAAUGUGGAUACAGAACAUCUAGUAUUAGAGACCUGGAAAAGUAUAUUUUUAUUCUGGGUAUUCAUUUCUACCACGUGCACUUACGUCUAAAUAUCAUAGUUUUUCCCUAUGUAACCCCCCUAUUACGUUAGUAACUCAGCACCCUUUUUUUUUAACCUGAUAAAGAUUUUACUUUCUGACAUAGAAAUGGCUUAGUUAUGUGUUCAUCAGAAGUACAUAUGAGCACAGUUGUACAGAAGGUUCCAUCAAGACUUGUGUGUGUGUGUGUUUGAGACAGGGUUUCUCUGCCUAGCUCUGGCCUCAAGCCCAGAGAUCCACCUGCUUUUGCCUCCCUGGCUGAGAUUAAAGCCAUGUGCCACCACCACCUGGCCUGACCCAGGCGUUUCAGUGCUUGGUAACAGUUGGAUUUCUUUGAGAAGUACUUGGCCUUGGGUUUUUACCUUUAGUCUUUGCUAUUUUUGUUUUCUUUGGUAAUUUUUUCUAUAUUCCUAAGGUGAUAAUAUCUUGCAUAAAAUAUUAUUACUAACCCAAUUAAUAAUUUGCUAUUCUCUUCCUUAAGUGUCUACAUGUGGCCCUUUAAGCUAGCAUAUUUGUUCACCAUUAUUUGGCUUGCAAACAUUCACUUGCUCUGUAGCUAGAAUUCUCGUAAACUAAAAAGAGAAAGCUUACAGUCUUGACGUUAGGCCGUCCACGCCACCAAGAGCAGUCACUUGAGAGCUUCUUCAUACUGUUUCAUACAAAAUCUAGUAGUUUUGCUUUUCUGUUUUCCACAUUGGGAGUAUUUAUAGCAAAAGAUUUUAUCAUGUACCUAAACACUAUCCCAUGCCUAAGAACUCAUGUUCUAACAAUGUACAGGGGUUCUCCAGAGUCGCCACUGAGUACUCUAUGAGACAAUGUGCAGGGUUCUCCAGAGUCGCCACUGAGUACUCUAUGAGACAAUGUGCAGGGUUCUCCAGAGUCGCCACUGAGUACUCUAUGAGACAAUGUGCAGGGUUCUCCAGAGUCGCCACUGAGUACUCUAUGAGUACUGGGAAUUGUCCCAUGCUUCCACUUAGCGUUUGUGAUACUGUUUAUGGAAUUACUAAUAUCUUAGACUUCUAAAGGACUUGUGGAAGUCUGUCAUUCUAAAUGACAGUUUGUCUUCAGUGAUUUUUUUUUUACUGCAGUUUGAUCAGCUCACUUUAAAACACAAAACAGCAACUUGAAGAUGGAAAAUACAAAUGGUUUAAAUUUUGUUGUUGCCAUAGAAAAUAGGGACAGUCUUAGAUUUCUCAGUGAAGCACCCUGUGUAUCAUUACAUGUCCAGUGAUUAUUUUGUUAAAGGCAAAGGGGUCAUGUGAUGUACUAAAUGUAAUUUGCUGUUUCUCAAUGUUUAAAUCAUGCCAAACAAAUCAGCCCGUGCCAUCUAGCCUGUGGUGUUAAUCUUCUACUGAGGACUUGGGUUGGGGUUAAGGGCUUGUACUAUGCACUUUUUAUUAAUGAAUAAAUAGAAAAUGUUAGUAACA